AUGCUUCUGGACGCUAAGCGCGUUCGUGCGGUACUCUGGCAGGGCUGCCGCCGGUUCGGGAAGGCUGCGAAAGCCCCGCCGCCCGCUCUGAUCCCCGGCAGCCACGAGGCAUUGGGCUUCCUGCAAGGGCACACCUUCCCGAAGGACCUCCGGUGGAGGCAGCAGGGCCCAUUGGACUUCCUCUUCGGAGGCUCCGAUCUGCCAGGUGCGCACAAAGCAACUGCUGUGGACGUUGGAGGGCAGACUGAUUUUGGGAGCUCUGUAAGAGUGACGUGUAGUACGGACCUGAAUUUUGUGCGUUCUGAAAGAGUGGCUUAUGGUGCAGACCGGAACGGUGAUGCAGACAGCCAACACAGGGCACUGUUGAAAGCUCUUGGGGAGGUCGAGGUUGAUGAAGACGACGAUGUGACCACAGCGACAUUUGCGUUGGCCAGCCCUUCAGCAGCUUCUACGGUGCAGUCUACGACUGGCAGCUAUUCUGCUAGCAGUCCCAUGAGUGCAGACUGGAACGGUGAUGCAGACAGCCAGCACAGGGCACUGUUGAAAGCUCUUGGGGAGGUCGAGGUUGAUGAAGACGACGAUGUGAGCACAGCGACAUUUGCGUUGGCCAGCCCUUCAGCAGCAGCUUCCACGGUGCGGUCUACGACUGGCAGGUAUUCUGCUAGCAGUCCCAGGAGUGCAGACUGGAACGGUGAUGCAGACAGCGAGCACAGGGCACUGUUGAAAGCUCUUGGGGAGGUCGAGGUUGAUGAAGACGACGAUGUGAGCACAGCGACAUUUGCGUUGCCCAGCCCUUCAGCAGCAGCUUCCACGGUGCAGUCUACGACUGGCAGGUAUUCUGCUAGCAGUCCCAUGAGUGCAGACUGGAACGGUGAUGCAGACAGCCAGCACAGGGCACUGUUGAAAGCUCUUGGGGAGGUCGAGGUUGAUGAAGACGACGAUGUGAGCACAGCGACAUUUGCGUUGCCCAGCCCUUCAGCAGCAGCUUCCACGGUGCAGUCUACGACUGGCAGCUAUUCUGCUAGCAGUCCCAUGAGUGCAGAUUGGAACGGUGAUGCAGACAGCCAGUAUAGGGCACUGUUGAAAGCUCUUGGGGAGGUCGAGGUUGAUGAAGACGACGAUGUGAGCACAGCGACGUUUGCGUUGCCCAGCUCUUCAGCAGCAGCUUCCACGGUGCAGUGUACGACUGGCAGCUAUUCUGCCAGCAGUCCCAUGAGUGCAGACUGGAACGGUGAUGCAGACAGCCAGCACAGGGCACUGCUGAAAGCUCUUGGGGAGGUCGAGGUUGAUGAAGACGACGAUGUGAGCGUAGCGACGUUUGCGUUGCCCAGCCCUUCAGCAGCAGCUUCCACGGUGCAGUCUACGACUGGCAGGUAUUCUGCUAGCAGUCCCAUGAGUGCAGACUGGAACGGUGAUGCAGACAGCCAGCACAGGGCACUGUUGAAAGCUCUUGGGGAGGUCGAGGUUGAUGAAGACGACGAUGUGAGCGCAGCGACAUUUGCGUUGCCCAGCCCUUCAGCAGCAGCUUCCACGGUGCAGUCUACGACUGGCAGCUAUUCUGCUAGCAGUCCCAUGAGUGCAGACUGGAACGGUGAUGCGGACAGCCAGCACAGGGCACUGUUGAAAGCUCUUGGGGAGGUCGAGGUUGAUGAAGACGACGAUGUGAGCACAGCGACAUUUGCGCUGCCCAGCCCUUCAGCAGCAGCUUCCACGGUGCAGUCUACGACUGUCAGCUAUUCUGCUAGCAGUCCCAUGAGUGCAGACUGGAACGGUGAUGCAGACAGCCAGCACAGGGCACUAUUGAAAGCUCUUGGGGAGGUCGAGGUUGAUGAAGACGACGAUGUGAGCACGGCGACAUUUGUGUUGCCCAGCCCUUCAGCAGCAGCUUCCGCAGCGCAGUCUACGACUGGCAGCUAUUCCGCUAGCAGUCCCAUGAGUGCAGACUGGAACGGUGAUGCAGACAGCCAGCACAGGGCACUGUUGAAAGCUCUUGGGGAGGUCGAGGUUGAUGAAGACGACGAUGUGAGCACGGCGACAUUUGCGUUGCCCAGCCCUUCAGCAGCAGCUUCCGCGGCGCAGUGUACGACUGGCAGCUAUUCCGCUAGCAGUCCCAUGAGUGCAGACUGGAACGGUGAUGCAGACAGCCAGCACAGGGCACUGUUGAAAGCUCUUGGGGAGGUCGAGGUUGAUGAAGACGACGAUGUGAGCACGGCGACAUUUGCGUUGCCCAGCCCUUCAGCAGCAGCUUCCGCAGCGCAGUCUACGACUGGCAGCUAUUCCGCUAGCAGUCCCAUGAGUGCAGACUGGAACGGUGAUGCAGACAGCCAGCACAGGGCACUGUUGAAAGCUCUUGGGGAGGUCGAGGUUGAUGAAGACGACGAUGUGAGCACAGCGACGUUUGCGUUGCCCAGCCCUUCAGCAGCAGCUUCCGCAGCGCAGUCUACGACUGGCAGCUAUUCCGCUAGCAGUCCCAUGAGUGCAGACGGGAACGGUGAUGCAGACAGCCAGCACAGGGCACUGUUGAAAGCACUUGGGGAGGUCGAGAUUGAGUAA